GCGGCGGCGCUGCCGAGCCCACAACAGCCCGAGCUCGCCGUCCUGCCCGCCAGCGACACCACCGCGAGGAAGCCGGCGGCGCACAGAGCGAGGCCGGCGCCACACUCAGCGAGGACCACAGCGCGCAGCCUGCGGCCGAGCGCACCCGGCACCGCGCCAUGUUCCAGCCGGCCGAGCGCGUCCCGGAGUGGGCCAUGGAGGGGCCUCGCGACGGGCUCAAGAAGGAGCGCCUGCUGGACGACCGCCACGACAGCGGCCUCGACUCCAUGAAGGACGAGGAGUACGAGCAGAUGGUGAAGGAGCUGCGGGAGAUCCGCCUGGAGCCGCAGGAGGCGCCGCGCGGCGCCGAGCCCUGGAAGCAGCAGCUGACGGAGGACGGAGACUCGUUCCUGCACUUGGCCAUCAUCCAUGAAGAGAAGGCCUUGACCAUGGAAGUGAUCCGCCAGGUGAAGGGAGACCUGGCCUUCCUCAACUUCCAGAACAACCUGCAGCAGACUCCACUGCACUUGGCUGUGAUCACCAAGCAGCCUGAAAUUACUCAGGCACUUCUGGAAGCUGGCUGUGAUCCUGAGCUCCGGGACUUUCGAGGAAACACCCCCCUACACCUUGCCUGCGAGCAGGGCUGCCUGGCCAGUGUUGGAGUGCUGACACAGACCUGCACCGCACAGCGCCUCCACUCCAUCCUGCAGGCCACCAACUACAAUGGCCACACAUGUCUGCACUUGGCCUCUAUCCACAACUACCUAGGCAUCGUGGAGCUCUUGGUGUCCUUGGGUGCUGAUGUCAAUGCUCAGGAGCCCUGCAAUGGCCGGACUGCCCUCCACCUCGCAGUGGACCUUCAGAAUCCUGACCUCGUGUCACUCUUGUUGAAGUGUGGGGCUGAUGUCAACAGAGUCACCUACCAAGGCUACUCCCCAUACCAGCUCACCUGGGGCCGGCCAAGCACCCGGAUUCAGCAGCAGCUGGGCCAGCUGACCCUCAAAAACCUUCAGAUGCUGCCAGAGAGUGAGGAUGAAGAGAGCUAUGACACAGAGUCAGAAUUCACAGAGGAUGAGCUGCCGUAUGAUGAUUGUGUGUUUGGAGGUCAGCGCUUGACAUUAUGAGUGGAAAGUGUCAAGAAGAACAUGGACUUGUAUAUUUGUACAAAAAGAGAGUUUUAUUUUUCUAAAAAAAAAAAAAAGAAAAAGAAAAAAGAGGAAAACUUCAAAGGGUAUUCUUACCACCACACAGCACAGGCCCUGGCCCCAGACAGUACCACAGCAGAUCUGCCCUCAUUCUGAAAUUUUUGUGAACUUGGCCUGGGGGAACAAGGAAGAUCAUUGGAAUUCAAAGCCAACCCCCUUUUAACUGCAACUUGUUGGAGCUUAGGGAGAAAGUUAUCCAGAAUUUGAUGAAAGAACCACAUUUAUUUAUUGUGCUUUUGAUUGAAUCACCAUGGAGUUAGUGGCUGAACCUGGUUGUGUCUCGUGACAUGUGACAGACAGCCAGGUGCGCAGUGGUGUGGGGUAAAGUCACUACCUGUCAAGGUUUGUGCUGAUCUCCUGUAAAUGGUGUAGAUAGUGUAUUUUGCUGGUAAUUAUUUUGGUACUUCUGAGAUGUAUAUUUAUUAAACAGAUUUUUACAAACA